UUGGCUCUUGAAAUCAGCUCUGCUGCUUAUACUAAUUUUUUUUCACCAUCUCUUCGCUUCCUCUUCGCUCUCUUUACUUUUUUUUUUUUGUUUUGUUAGACAAAAAGAUUUUCAGUGAAGAGUGUGUAGCCACCAGAUUUGUAAUGAGAAAGAAAAAAAACCAGUGAAAAAGAUAAAAACGAAGAGAAGAUACAACUUGGUAUUCAUUUAGCUGAACAAAUCCAGACAAAGCAGGCUAGAAACCAGGCUAGAUAGUGCAAGAUGAUCAUUCCAAUCCGUUGUUUUUCGUGUGGGAAAGUUGUUGGAGAUAAAUGGGAGGCUUAUUUGACUCUUUUGCAAGACGAGACCUUGACUGAAGGUGAUGCCUUAGACCAGUUAAAAUUGAAGAGAUAUUGUUGUAGAAGAAUGGUUUUAACCCAUGUUGAUUUGAUCGAGAAGUUCUUACGUUAUAAUCCGUUGGAAAAGAAGGAGAUUAGUUGAGCAGGUGUUAAUGAGAUGAAGACCACAAUUCAAGAAAACCAAACAGUUUUAGAAAACCAAACAAUUCAAGGAUUUUUCCUGUGUAUAUUAAUAUAUUUCGUCAUUUGAA